GCAAGUGGAGGAAGAGGGCCUUCCUGCUCAGGCUUCGCUUCCCCUCCAGGCCGAGGAGGCCCUCAUGGCGUUCCGACGCGGUGAAGGCGACGACCCAGAGGUUCUCUUCCGACGCGGAGCCGGACAGAGUGAUGAUUCUGAUAUAUGGGAUGAUACAGCACUCAUAAAAGCAUAUGACAAAGCAGUUGCAUCCUUCAAGAAUGCAUUGAAAAAUGGAGACUGUUCAGAAUCUUUGGAUAAAACUGAGCAAAAUUCUGGGACAAAAAGAAAAAAUAACAAAAAGAACAAAAGUAGGAAGAAAAACAAUGGUGCACCACAAAAGCAGUGGAGAACUGGUGAUGCUUGCAGUGCAGUUUGGUCUGAAGAUGGCAAUGUGUACCAAGCAACUAUUAACUCAAUUAACUGGAAAAAAGGGACUUGUGUUGUUGUCUAUACGGGAUAUGGAAAUCGGGAAGAACAAAGUCUGUCAGAUCUUCUGCCAGCAGGCGAUGCUGAAGGAACAAAUGAAGAGAGGAGUGCUGCUGAAAAUGAAAAUGAGACUCAAUAUUCUACAGACGAAAGUGACCUCUCUUUCCAGUCACCUGGUAACAAAAAUAAUAAUACAAAAUCAGCACAUUGGAAUUGCCAUUUCACACCACCACAAUUUCCAGGCACACGAAGGACUGGGAUGAAAUUCAGUGGCCCUCCACCUUUCCUCUCAGGCUGGCCUCCACCAUUUCCAUCAGGACCACCGUUGAUGCCUCCUCCUCCUCCAAUUCUGAGUCAAGAUUCUCCUGAUGACGAUGAAGCCUUGGGAAGUAUGUUGAUUGCCUGGUAUAUGAGCGGCUAUCACACAGGCUAUUAUUUGGGUUUAAAACAGAGUCGAAUGGAGGCUGCAUUGGGGAGAAAUGCCCACUCCAAAUGACAUUAGCAAGACAUUCCACCUGUGCAUUGAUCAGCAGUGAAGUUUUCACUGGUGCAGAGAUGACCAAAUGGGUAAUCCAAAGCAGGAAGUACUGCUGAUACAGUGAUUGGCAGUGGUGUUUUCAUUGCUAACAAGAUUACAGACUGGAUGGCCCUCCUUUUAUCUGGUCACCAUACAUUAGCAAUUAGGUGCCUGUUCUGGACUCUUGAGCAAAGAACCUUCGUAUAAAUUUUGAUGUGUGAGGCUACCACUGAUGCUUACAGUGGUUUUCCAAGUUGUUCAAUCUCUUUCUUUUUCUAGUUCUGCAAUGACAAUAGGCUGACACUCAUAUCCAAGGGUGGAAAUAGUGAUCUGAGUAAGAACUGUACAGAGCCAUCAGGAUAAUUAUCCAGUGGUCAAUACACCCAACUCGUUUGAAAUAUUGGUCAAUAAAAUAUUUUUUUUU